CUAUAUAGUCUAGGAAUACAACUGUAGCAUAACACUUCCACUCUCCAAACUCAACAAACCACUUAUCAUUGUGCAAAUUGUGCAUACUGCUUCUACAGAAAAACACCCAAACCUCAGAUCUGUACACUCCAUCACCAAAUUCACUUCCUCACCCCUAUCUCUCUCUAAACCCUAGAUAUUAUCUAUGUAUAUAUACAUAUAGUACACACAUACAGCUAUUUCUUAUACAUAUAUGUAUAUUCACUUAUAUUUUUAUAUAUCGAUGUGUAUAUGAUCAGAUCUUGAAUUUGUUUCUGAUAAGAUGGGGCAUCUAAACCUCCCCUCGUCAAAGCGAAAUCCUCGGCAAUGGCGACUCCUCGACCUCAUCUCAGCUGCCUUCUUCGCCGCCGUGCUGUUGUUCUUCCUCCUUGUAUUCACGCCGCUCGGCGACUCGCUGGCGGCCUCCGGCCGCCAGGCUUUGCUCCGGUCCACGGCGGAUCCGAAUCAGCGACUUCGAUUGGUAGCUUUGGUGGAAGCUGGACUUCAGCCGACUAUCGAGUCGUGUCCUGCCGAGGCGGUGGACCACAUGCCGUGUGAGGAUCCGAGACGGAACAGUCAGCUGAGUAGGGAGAUGAAUUUUUACAGAGAGAGGCAUUGUCCCCCGCCGGAGGAGACGCCGCUCUGCUUGAUCCCGCCGCCGGAUGGGUACCGUGUUCCAGUUCAGUGGCCGGAAAGCUUGCUCGAGAUAUGGCACAGCAACAUGCCACAUGACAAAAUUGCUGAUAGGAAAGGCCAUCAGGGAUGGAUGAAAAAAGAAGGUCCACACUUCAUUUUCCCUGGUGGUGGCACAAUGUUCCCGGAUGGAGCAGUACAAUACAUUGAGAAACUUAAACAGUACAUUCCUAUUGCUGGUGGGGUUCUGAGGACAGCUCUUGAUAUGGGAUGUGGGGUUGCCAGUUUUGGAGGGUACCUAUUAGCUGAAGACAUUGCAACUCUCUCUUUUGCUCCUAGAGAUUCACAUAAAUCACAAAUACAAUUUGCACUGGAAAGAGGAAUACCGGCUUUUGUUGCCAUGCUUGGCACUCGAAGACUUCCAUUUCCCGCUUUCUCAUUUGACUUGGUGCACUGCUCCCGAUGCUUGAUCCCUUUUACAGCAUAUAAUGCAACCUAUUUCAUCGAAGUUGAUCGGUUGCUUCGCCCUGGAGGAUACCUAGUCAUAUCUGGUCCCCCUGUACAGUGGCCUAAACAAGAUAAGGAAUGGGCAGAUCUUCAGGCGGUGGCUAGAGCAUUGUGUUAUGAGCUGAUUGUUGUAGAUGGGAACACUGUCAUCUGGAAGAAGCCUAAUGGGGAUUCAUGUCUCCCUAACCAAAAUGAAUUUGGGCUUGAAUUGUGUGACGAAUCUGAUGACCCAAGUUAUGCAUGGUACUUCAAGUUAAAGAAAUGUGUGAGCAGGACAUCUACUGUAAUGGGAGAAUAUGGUAUUGGAAUGAUACCAAAGUGGCCAGAGAGGCUAAAGAAAGCACCUUCAAGGGCCUCUCUCAUGAAGCAUGGAAUAGACGUGUUUGAAGCCGACACUCGGCGGUGGACAAGAAGGGUUGCAUACUAUAAAAGAUCAUUGAACUUGAAGCUGGGAACCCCAGCCGUGCGAAACAUCAUGGACAUGAAUGCAUUUUUUGGAGGCUUUGCUGCAGCACUAUUAUCUGAUCCUGUCUGGGUGAUGAAUGUUGUUCCUGCUCGCAAGCCUUCAACGCUAGAUGUUAUUUAUGACAGAGGCCUUAUUGGAAUUUACCAUGACUGGUGUGAGCCUUUCUCAACAUAUCCUCGGACUUACGAUCUUAUCCAUGUUUCUGCCAUCGAGUCACUCAUAAAACAUCCAGGUUCUGGCAAGAGCAGGUGUAACCUUGUGGAUUUGAUGGUGGAGAUAGAUCGAAUAGUGCGUCCUGAAGGAACAAUUGUCAUUCGGGACUCCCCAGAGGUAAUUGACAAAGUUGCCCGUAUUGCUCAUGCCAUAAGAUGGACAACUACCAUACACGAGAAGGAACGUGAAUCACAUGCAAGGGAAAAAAUUCUCAUAGCAACAAAAAAAUUUUGGAAACUACCAUCAACGUCUCACUGACUCAUAUCCUUCCUUCCUUUGUACUGUAGGUAUUUUUCCUUAUAUUGUUUCAUAUUUAAAUGUUAAGAUGUUAUUCCAUGCAUCAAAGGAUGCAAGCUUUCUUUCUUGUUCCUCACAUCAAGAGGGAGUUAUGUUAGAGUGGGGAGGAAGUAUACAGAGAUGGAAAGAGGUGUGCAGCUUCAUAGUCGAAUAUUGUUCCCGAUGGCAAUUGUAUUUGUAAUAUGAUAGUUAUAUAUUUUCUGUGUUUCACUGAUAAGAGGAAUAGAGUUAUAUAUUUUCUGUGUUUCA